AUGCCAAUCCUAGAGAAAGCCGCAAAGAAGAAAGAGAAAGAAGCUUGCAGCCAAGAUGAGAUGGUGCUGCCCAAACUUCCAGUCCCACCACUGCAACAAACAUUGCACAUGUAUCUUCACUGCAUGAAACACUUGGUGUCAGAAGACCAAUAUAAGAAGACUAAGGUCAUGGUGGAUAGGUUUGAAGCUCCCGGAGGCCCAGGAGAGGUCCUUCAGAAAAAACUGCUGGAAAGACGCGAAAAAGUUGAGAACUGGGUUUUAAACUACUGGCUGGAUGACAUGUACCUUAACAACCGGUUGGCCCUUCCAGUCAAUUCCAGCCCAGCAGUUAUCUUUGCUCGGCAACAGUUCCAAGAUGUAAAUGACCAACUGAGGUUUGCUGCCAAUCUUAUUUCUGGAGUUCUUGAUUAUAAAGCACUGCUGGACACCCAUGCUGUGCCUGUUGAUUUUGCUCGUGGACAGCUGUCUGGUCAUCCUCUCUGUAUGAAGCAAUACUAUGGACUCUUUUCUUCCUAUCGUCUUCCAGGACAUACCAAAGAUACCCUUGUGGCCCAGAAAAGCAAUAUCAUGCCCGAACCGGAACAUAUCAUUGUUGCUUGUAACAAUCAGUUUUUUGUUUUGGAUGUUGUCAUUAAUUUUCGCCGUCUCAGUGAGGGGGACCUAUUUACUCAGUUGCGGAAGAUAGCCAAAAUGUCAGAGAAUGAAGAAGAGAGGCUGCCUCCAAUUGGUCUCCUGACAUCUGAUGGAAGAACAGAGUGGGCUGAAGCCAGGACAAUCCUUGUUGAAGAUUCUACAAACAGAGACUCUCUUGAUAUGAUCGAACGAAGCAUCUGCUUAGUAUGCCUUGAUAGUCCAAGUGGGGAGGAACCCACAGAUACCAACAUGGCUUUGCAGCUUCUGCAUGGAGGAGGCUACAGUAAAAAUGGUGCCAACCGUUGGUACGAUAAGCCUAUGCAGUUUGUUGUGGGAAGAGAUGGAGUUUGUGGAACAGUGUGUGAACAUUCUCCUUUCGACGGGAUCGUCCUGGUACAGUGCACUGAACAUUUGCUCAGACACAUGAAAGAAUGUGCAAAGAAAUUGGUCAGAGCAGAUUCAGUGAGUGAACUUCCUGCUCCAAGGAGACUAAGGUGGAAAUGUUCUCCAGAAAUUCAGGGACACUUGGCGUCAUCAGCAGAAAAACUUCAAAGGAUGGUGAAAAAUCUAGAUUUUAUUGCCUAUAAAUUUGAAAACUACGGAAAAGAGUUCAUCAAGAAACAGAAGAUGAGCCCAGAUGCCUACAUUCAAGUGGCACUACAGCUGGCAUUUUACAGAUUAUACGGGAGACUUGUUCCCACCUAUGAAAGCGCUUCCAUACGGCGGUUUGAAGAAGGAAGAGUAGACAACAUCCGAUCUGCGACUCCCGAAGCUUUAACUUUUGUCAAAGGGAUGAUGGAUAAAAAAUCAUCUCUACAGGACUCUGAGAAAAUGCAACAAUUUAAGGAUGCCAUAGCAGCUCAGACAAAUUACACUAUUUUGGCUAUUACAGGGAUGGCAAUAGACAACCACUUGCUGGGACUGCGAGAGAUAGCCCGUGAACAUUUCAAGGAGCUGCCAGACAUAUUUACUGAUGAAACGUAUUUGACAAGCAAUCGAUUUAUUCUCUCCACAAGCCAGGUUCCAACUACCAUGGGAAUGUUCUGCUGCUAUGGACCUGUGAUUCCUAAUGGCUAUGGUGCUUGCUAUAAUCCACAGCCAGAGCAUAUAUUAUUCUGCAUCUCCAGCUUUAAAGACUGCAAAGAGACCUCCUCCAGCAAAUUUGCUAAAGCUGUGGGAGAAAGCCUCAUGGAUAUGAAACAGCUGUGCAACAAAUGCAACUUGCCCAAGUCAACCACUCCAACUAAACAAGGAGCACCUUCAACACCUCGACCUGGCAGUAAGCACUAAGUGGCUGCAUUCACACAUAACGCUGAGCUCUGAUUUGUUUCAACCGUGGUUUGUUCAGCAACCCAUGAGUCAUCCCACAGAUGAACAAUCAAGCCACA